AUGCUCAAACCCAAGGACCUGUGCCCCCGAGCGGGUACCCGCACCUUCCUGGAGGCCAUGCAGGCGGGCAAAGUGCACCUGGCCCGCUUCGUGCUGGAUGCGCUGGACCGAAGCAUCAUCGACUGUCGCGCGGAGCAGGGCCGCACGCCGCUCAUGGUGGCCGUGGGGCUGCCGGACCCUGCGCUGCGCGCGCGCUUCGUGCGACUACUGCUGGAGCAGGGUGCGGCGGUGAACCUGCGGGACGAGCGCGGCCGCACGGCGCUGAGCCUGGCGUGCGAGCGUGGCCACCUGGACGCAGUGCAGCUGCUGGUGCAGUUCAGCGGCGACCCCGAGGCGGCCGACUCCGCGGGCAACAGCCCGGUGAUGUGGGCGGCGGCCUGCGGCCAUGGGGCGGUGCUCGAGUUCCUAGUGCGCUCUUUCCGCCGCCUCAGCGCGGGUCGGCACCGGGCGCAGGGGAGCGAGCGGCCCGAGCUGGGCCGGAGCAUGAGUCUGGCUCUGGGUGCUGUGACCGAGGAGGAGGCAGCUCGACUGCGGGCGGGAGCCCUGAUGGCCCGACCACACUCUCCCCAGUCUUCGGGGACCGGGCGGUGGCGUUCGCAUGAGGUGCUGGAGGGAGCGCCUCUGACCUCGGCGCAAGCCCCCAUCGGCCUCAGCCCUCACCCCGAAGGCGGCCCCGGCUCCGGCCGCCUGGGUUUGCGCCGACGCUCCACAGCUCCAGACAUCCCCAGCCUGGUCGGGGAGGCACCGGCGCCGGAGAGCGGCGCGGAGCUAGAGGCCAACGCUGUGCCGCACUCCGUGCCUGGGCCCCAGCCUUGGCAAGCAGGCACGGAGGCCGUGGUUUUGCACGAUCUGCGGUAA